CAUGGGCUUUGAGGUUAUCGGCUUUUUAACUAAUAGGGGGAGGGGGGAAGCAGCUAACGAUUAAAGGUGGUAACACUCCCCACUCAAUUGUUCCACAGUAAGUAUAACAUUGUGUAUCACAAUGUAUAUAUAUCCCUAUAGAUCCUUAUAUGUAUGUACGUAUACAUUUAUAUAUGUGGCAUAGAGAAGUAAUUGGGCUUAUAUUAUUUAAUGAGUGUACUGUUAGUAAAAAUUAUAGAACUAUAACCUUAUUUUUGAGGGCCCACCACUAUGCUAUACACCAAAGUUAUAUAACAAUGGUAAAUACAAGAGUAGUGUAAAAAUAAUAUAAAUGGAAUGAAAAGGAAUAAAAUAAAAUAAAAUUAAGUUGUAAUUGUAUGGAAUGUCUAUUCCAAUUGAUGUAGCAAGCCGCGUAGAAAUUAGAUUGUCGAAAUUUGAAAAUCCAAAGUGUGUUUCCAAAGUGAGGGUUCCAAGAUUUUCAAUCCUUAAACUCGCUUCGGGGUUAUUGUCUCGGCCAAUUCAUAUAAAUCAAUAUCGUGCUCAUCGUAAAUAUCCCAAUUCUACCUUUAAAUUUAUAAGUGAUACUUAUCGAGAUUAUCGAGCAUUAGGUAAGAAAAAUAGACGUUUAAGUGAUUUCUUACAAUUUAGUAUCUAUAGAAGAAGAAGAAGAAUUAAUUCUAUGGGUGAUAGAUCAUUAAGUCCUCCACCAGGAUUUGAAAAUGGUGGAGAAAUUCCAUCUCAAUCACAAUCUCAAACUCCCUUAAGUAGAAGACAAAGAAUUUUAGGAUUUGCUAAAGCUACAAGAGAAACUUAUAUACCAAAGAUUACUACAUCUGUUGCACGUUUAGCUACUGAUGCAAGUAGAGCAUUUAAUGGAAGUGAUUUAUAUGAUGAACAAGGUCGACUUAUACCUCCUAAGGAUACAACAAUUCAAUUAUUUCCUUCUUAUACAAGACAAAUAGAUGGGAAAUAUUAUGUUGAUGUAAAAGGUUGGGUAUCAUGUCCUGGACUUAUGACAAGAAAGAAUCGAUUAAUAUUAUCAUUAGCAAGACAAAUAACUCGAUAUAAUUCUAAUGGAAAUAAUUCAUCUCAAGCAUUAAGUCAAUGGAGUAGUGAAUCAUUAAAUCAUCAAGAUAUACUUUCAGCCAAUGAAAAUUCAGAUUCAGAAUCGAUUAAUUCUGAACUGUCAAAAUUAGAAGAUAAUUUAAAUCCUAUAAGUUCAAUAACAACUCAAUCUUCAAUUAAUUCUGAAGAAAUUCUUAAGGAAAGAUUAGCAUGUUUUAUAGCUAGAUCAAUACCGAAUACUGAAGUUCAAAUAGUUAUUGGAUCUCAUAAAAAUAUUGAUGGUAAUAAUAUUAUAAUUAAAUCCGUUAAUACUGAUGAUUAUGGAAAUUUUGAAGCAACUAUUGAAGUUACUUAUACUCCUUCAAUUGUUCAAGUAAGAUCAGGUAUGGAUGAAUCAAUAUUUACAUUUCAAGAAAUAAUGCUUGUACCAACUAUUGGUAUAGGAUUAAUUAGUGAUAUUGAUGAUACAAUUAAACUUACCGGAGUAAUUGGUGAUAAAAGAGAAUUAAUGACAAAUUUAUUAUUAAAUGAAGUAACUCUGUGGAAUAUUCCAUCAGUUGUAAAAUGGUAUGAUGAUUUAUUUUCUUCAAAUAAUAUAUCAUUUCAUUAUGUUUCUAAUUCUCCAUGGCAAUUAUUUACUACUAUAGAUCAAUAUUUUAAAGCCGUUAAAUUACCUAUUGGUUCUGUUCAUUUAAAACAAUAUUCAGGAAAUAUUUUAUCAUCAUUAAUGGAACCAUCAUCUACAAGAAAGAAAAGAUCAUUAACUAGAAUUAUUAAUGAUUUUCCUCAAAAGAAAUUUAUUUGUGUAGGAGAUUCAGGUGAAUAUGAUUUAGAAGCAUAUGUUGAAUUAGCAAGAUUACAUCCUGGGAAAGUUAUUGCUAUUUAUAUAAGAUAUGUAAAGGAUUCACUUUCAGAUAUUGAUGAUAUGAAAAUCUUGAGUGAAUUAAGAAGAUUAUUAACUACUUCAUCAUCAACUAGAAAAGCUCUUAAUUUAAUUAAUCCUGUAACAGAACCAGAACUUCAACUUCAACUGGAGAAUUUAAUUGAUUUAAGUUCUUCUUCAGAUGAUGAAACGCCUGAAGAUCCUCAAUCUAAAAUUGAUGGUAAUAUUAAAUUAAAAGUUCCACCAAUUAUACCUAAAAAGCCAACUGAAUUAAAGGGAAAUACAUUAUCACCUCCAUUACCUUCACGAAAUUAUAUUAAGAGAGCUCAAACUGAUUCUCAAUUAAUUGAUCAUCAAACUCAUUUAACAGAAGAACCUUUACCUUUACCACCAAGAAAUAAUUUAGUUCAUGCUAAUACUGAAGUUCCAAGACAUGAUUUUAAUUUAAUUGAUAAUUUACAAAAUAUUUAUGAAUCACCAUAUUUUUAUGAAUUAGAAGAAAUGGAUAAAAAGGGAGCUAAUUGGAUUAGAAAAAUUGUUACAGCUCUUAAAGAUUUAGAAGGUACAGGGACAGAAUUAAAGAUUUUUACUGAUGAAGAAUCUGAUUUCUUUAAUUCAAAGAGAAUAUAUGAUGAAAUUAAAAAUUUAAAAGUUUAA